UAGCCAGUGUUGCUCGGGGUUGGAGCGGCACUAUUGAUACGAUGGCCCACCAUGCUAUCAGCAACGGAACUAUGCGGACUUUUGGCGGAUUUCCUAAGAGCGCUGAAUUUCUAGGGGAUUAUCCCGACUUCAUCGGUGCGCUUAUUAUAAUUUUGCUGGGUAUCGUACUCACCAGAGGACCGAAGCUUUCGGUUCACCUCAAUUCUGUCGUAACUUGUCUCAACCUACUUGUGCUCGUUUUGGCCACUGGAAUCAUGCUGAUCUACCCUCAACACACAUCGAAUUACUCUUUUGCCCCAGCCGAACAUGGUGGGUUCUUUCCAUACGGAUUUGGUGGUAUGGUCGCCGGCGCUGGAACAUGCUUCUAUGCGUUUAUUGGCUUUGAUGCAAUCACCGUCAGCUCAGAAGAAGCAAUUGAUCCUAAGAAAUCGAUGCCAAUAGCAACCGCUGUCUCAGUUUCUGUAGUGACAGUACUCUUUAUACUUGCAAGUUUAGGCGUAGUGCUUUUUAUUCCAUGGUGGACCGUUGAUCGAGUUGCCGCAUUUACUGCCGCUUUAGAAGCGCGUGGAAUAGUUUGGGCAACCUACAUCACUGGAUUUGGCUCAGUUCUUGGUCUUAGUGCAAGUCUCUUUACCAGCAUGUAUGCCUUGCCUCGGAUCACAUAUUCAAUGGCUAGUGAUGGCCUUCUGCCGAAGUGGAUUGGCUAUGUAAUGCCUUCGACUCAGAUAUAA